AUGUACGGCGUCGCAACAAUUGCCGAUGGUGGACGAGUUCUCUUUUAUCAACAGGCAUUCUUCGGAAAUCUUCCCUUCGAUGGAGUCCAGGGUGACAUUGAACAAAUCCUGAGACACGUAGGAUUUACGGAAGACGAGAUACGCCUAAUCCAUAUCCGUAUGGUUCGUGAUCGUGAAACAGAUAAAUUUAAAGGAUUCGCCUACGUCGAAUUCAACAGUGCCAAAGAUUUGGAGAAGGUUUUGGAGUGGGAUGGCGUGGAAUUUGGGGGUCGUCCACUCAAGAUAGACGUUGCGUCGCAAAGGCCCGGAGGUGAUCGAAACAAUCGUGGAAGGGGUGGCCGAGGAGGUGGUGGCGGAUGGACCUCGGUUGAUCAACGUACUGGGCGUGGUCAAGGCGGCGGCGCAUAUGGUGGUCGUGGAGGUCGUUCCCGUUACGGUCAUUCGGAGCGCGGUCAUGACGAGCAGGUUGAAAUUGUCGAACAUCCCGAACGUCCACGCCUAGUCCUGAAGCCGCGCACAACUGAUCCUGCAGAACUGGAGGCAAAACGAAAGCGAGAAGCCGAGGAGGAAGCUGCGCGCCGUGCAAAGCUAUUCCAGGCCUAA